GCAAAUCAACAAGCUGGGAAGAUGGUGGCUGGGGAGCCUGGGAUGAAGCAGAGUUACAAGAACCUGAAGAAGAGGAAUCUAAUUCCAAGAACCAGAGAAAUUACUGGCUUCAUGACUGUGUGUUGUCCUUGUCACCAACAAAUGACCUGAUGGUAAUAGCUAAUGAACAGAAAGCAGUCUUUUUAGUGCCUAAAUGGAAGCACAGUGACAAGGGAAAAGAGGAAAUGCAAUAUGCUGUUGGCUGGAGUGGCUUUCUGAAUGUUGAAGAAGGUGAAUGCGUGAGUAGUGUGUUGUGUAUUCCACUGGCAAGCCAGAAGAGGAGUUCCACAGGCCGUCCUGACUGGACCUGCAUUGUGGUUGGCUUCACCUCUGGCUGUGUUCGUUUUUACACUGAGAAUGGAGUGCUGCUUCUUGCACAGCUUUUGAAUGAAGAUCCUGUCCUACAGCUAAAGUGCAGAACCUAUGAAAUUCCCAGGCAUCCUGGUGUCACAGAACAGAAUGAGGAACUAAGUAUCUUGUACCCAGCAGCAAUUGUGACAAUUGAUGGUUUCAGCCUCUUUCAGUCCCUUCGUGCAUGUCGCAAUCAGGUAGCGAGAGCUGCAGCAUCUGGCAAUGAGAAUGUUCAGCCUCCACCAUUAGCUUAUAAGAAAUGGGGUUUGCAAGAUGUGGAUACAAUUGUUGACCAUGCUAGUAUUGGCAUCAUGACACUGUGUCCUUUUGAUCAAAUGAAGACCGCCUCCAAUAUAGGAGGAUAUAAUGCAGCCAUAAAAAACAGCCCACCUGCUAUGUCUCAGUAUGUUACUGUGGGAGCCAAUCCUUUCACUGGUUUCUUUUUUGCCCUGGAGGGUAGCUCACAGCCACUGUUGUCUCAUGUUGCCUUAGCAGUUGCAAGUAAACUGACUUCAGCAUUAUUUAAUGCUGCUAGUGGCUGGCUUGGUUGGAAGAGUAAGCAUGAAGAAGAACCUGUCCAAAAACAGAAACCAAAAGUGGAACCUGCAACCCCAUUGGCAGUGAGGUUUGGACUUCCAGAUUCCCGUCGCCAUGGUGAAAGAAUAUGUCUCUCUCCAUGUAACACUUUAGCAGCAGUAACAGAUGAGUUUGGAAGGGUUAUUUUACUGGAUGUUACAAGGGGACUUGCAGUUCGCAUGUGGAAAGGAUACCGUGAUGCAGAAGUUGGUUGGAUCCAAACUGUAGAGGACCUUCAGGAGAGGGAAACUGAGAAGAUGGAUUCUUCUCCUUUUGGAAAUGCACAGGGUCCAAGCAGAGUAGCUCAGUUCCUUGUGAUCUAUGCUCCGAGGAGAGGCAUUCUGGAAGUGUGGAGCACACAGCAAGGGCCUCGGGUUGGAGCCUUUAAUGUGGGGAAACAUUGCAGAUUGUUGUAUCCUGGAUAUAAAAUAAUGGGUCUAAACAAUGUGACCAGUCAGGGAUGGCAGCCCCAGACUUACCAGAUAUGCCUUGUUGAUCCAGUCUCUGGAAGUGUAAAAACUGUCCAUGUACCUUUCCACUUAGCACUGAGUGAUAAAAAGAGUGAGCGAGCAAAGGAUAUGCAUCUAGUAAAGAAAUUAAAUGCUUUACUCAAAGCCAGAACCUCAGAUCCAGAUUUGAUUGAAGCGGAAGCAAAGGAAUUAAUACUUGAUAUCAAGUACCCUGCUACAAAAAAACAGGCUUUGGAAAGUAUAUUGACAAGUGAACGUGUGCCACUUUCAUCUCUCACAAACAUCACUCAGACAUUAGUGGAUAAUUUGAAAAAACAGGAGCUUGAGUGUGUGGAUGAAGGACUACUACAGUUCUGCACAAACAAGUUAAAGCUGUUACAACUUUAUGAACUAGUUAGUAAACUGAAUUCCCAAAGCAUACAGAAAGACACUUCACCUUCAGAUAAUGACUUGGCUAAACUGCUUCGGCUUGAAGAAAAAGAUUUUCAUAGGCUUGAAACUUUACUGGAGAACUACAAGAAAGAAAAUCCUCAAAAUACUGUUCAGUGUGCUGAUGAGAAGGACGAUGUAUUAUCUGUGAAAACAUUCUUAGAAUAUUUGGAAUAUGAAAAGGAUGUGAUUAAUGUGAAAAAUAUGGAAGAUGGAGAAUAUGUCGCUUUAGGCAGCUUUUUCUUCUGGAAAUGUUUGUGUGGACAGAGUUCUACAGAGGAAAUGUGUCAUGCAUUGGAAUCAGCAGGUUUUAGCCCACAAACCUUGUUGUCCCUCCUUCUCAAUUUAUGGCUUUCCAAGGAAAAAGAUAUUCUAGACAAACGAGAUUCUGUCCGUUGCCUUCAUACUAUGCUGUCACUUCUGAGCAAAAUGAAAGUGGCUAUAGAUGAGUCCUGGGACACUCAGUCGGUUUCCCCCUGGUGGCAGCAGAUGCGCACGGCCUGUGUUCAGUCCGAAAACAACGCCGCUGCCUUGCUGUCUGCUCACGUUGGACACUCUGUAACUGCGCAGAUAAUCGACAGUGUGACAGAGAAAAAG